AUGAAUCAUGAUCGACCACCCGAUGGACGACUCUCCUUUGCUGUUUUUUUGCUAGCUUGUUGUUCAUAUGUUCAAUGCACAGUGGAUUGGGAGUCAAUCUCAACGCCGCCGAGGUUUAUCCACGACAACAAUCCGAAAGUUCUCUAUUUCACCGUCGAGAAAACAAUCAUCGAUGAUAAAACGGCAAUCCCUGACAACUUGAGAGAAGUCACCUUGCAUUGCUUAGCUGAAGGAAAUCCAAAGCCAACAUACAAAUGGCGAAAGAACUCAAAGCCGUUUCAAGUCUCCGCUUACUCGGAUAAAGUUGUUCAAAAGCCGGGAGAAGGAACACUUGUGUUCUCAAAGUUGGACAUCGAGGAUGCUGGAUCGUAUGCGUGCGAAGCAACAAAUGAUAACGGAACGGCUGUCGCAAGACCAAUUCAACUGGAGCAAACAUGGAUCCGCCAUUUCCCCGACGAUGAGCCAGAGAUUGUCAAAGUCGAACUUGGAGAUCCAUACGCAAGAAAUUGCAGUCCUCCGGCUAGCACUCCAACUGCAAGAGUCUACUGGAUCCUGAUGGGCAAAGAGCCGGGACAAUUUGAGACUAUCAAUUCAUCACACAUCUCCAGCAAUGAACAGGGCACCAUUUUCUUCCAUUUUGUGAAAGAAAGUGAUUUCAAGCCUGAUCGUUUCUACACAUGCACCGCCGAAAACACCGAGUUGAAGGACUACAAAUUUGGCUCCAAAUUUCGUCUCGAUAUUUCCAACAACAAACGACGAUCACUUACAAAUGUGCCUCCGUCCGAACAAUAUGUCAAUCAAAGCAGCCCAAUUGCUCUACGAGGGAACACGCACAAGCUGCAUUGCUUUUUCUCUGGAUAUCCUGCUCCACGGCCGAAGUGGUUUCACAAUGGAGUUGAAAUUGGUGAAAGCAACGAUGAUGGGUUCCGCUUUGAAAACUAUGGAAAAACUUUGGUUUUCAACGUCACUCAAGAUAAAGCUGGAAAGUACGACUGCCGGUUUCCACUGCAUUCGGAUAUUGAUAGGAUUUUCAAUGUACAAGUUGAAGCUGCUCCCUAUUGGCCGGAUGGUCCACCACCAAAUACCAAUACUUCUGAAGGCGAAACUGUAACGUUCGAUUGUACGACAAGCGGUAAACCGACACCAAAAGUCACUUUCUACAAGAAUGGUGUUGAGUUGACAAAGAACAAAGCGCAAGGCGAGCGUUUUCUCAUCGACGGAAAUAAGCUAACGAUUUAUGAUGUCAAGAAGGGAAUUCACGGUAAAGGAGAUAACGCCGUUUAUCAAUGCAAAGCUGAGAACAAGCACGACUAUCUUUGGGCGAACUUCUAUUUGAAUCUAUUGGCUUUCUCGCCACAAUUGUUAACAGACGCCGGUGAGGUCGAGGCUGCAAUUGGACAAUCUGUGACUUUGGAGUGCAAGUUCUUUGCAUCUCCGAAUGCCAAGAUCACUUGGAGCUCGCCGAAUCUGAAACAAAUUCAACAUGAAAUCGUCCCUGCAAAUCCAUACGGAGUUGGCAAGCUGGUGAUUAAAAGCGUUACGGAUGAGGCUGAAGGUGAAUACGAAUGUCAUGGCUCAAACACAUACGGAAACGCACGUGGAUCGGCCAAGCUAUUGAUAAGAAAAGCCACUUACCUUGAGCCAUUUGCAAGAACACAAGAAGUAAGGGUAGCUGGUGAAGACAUUCGGUUGCCGUGUCAAGCCGACGCUGACUCCAGAUUGGAAGUGACUUAUGAUUGGCUUAUUGACAACAAGACACUUCCUGAGCUUCACAUUAAUUCUGGCCACUAUCGGGUUGAUCCGGAAACUCAUGAACUCAUUGUGCACAAUCCAAGUCAAUAUGAUUCGGCAGAAUAUAAAUGUGUGGCCAACACCAAGCUCGACAAAGCCGAAAAACGCAUUCGAAUCUCUAUCAAAGAUGUCCCUGUACCCGUUCAUGCCGCCUAUGUGAAGAAAUGUGAUCCGACCGCUCGAUAUGCUGAGAUACAUUUCGAACACAUGGAACCGGCGGACUCUGUGGUUCCAGUGAUGGAAUUCUGGGUUCAGUAUCAAAUGGAUGCUGACCUUGGGGUAGAAUGGCGUACUCAUCCGGUUCCCACGCAAGCGCAUCCGAACGACAACAGUGAGGGAGACAAUCGUGUAGUUAGCGGAACGGCUACAGUGUCUUUGCAACCCUAUGGAAAGUACCAAUUCCGAGUGUUGGCACGAAAUGCGGUCGGUGAUUCUUCUCCAACAAAGGUGCGUGACGGGUGCGACACACCAGCGAAGUUACCUGAUCGGAAUCCAUCGGCCGUUUCUGCUGAGGGAGCAUCACCCGAUAAUUUGGUGGUCUCUUGGAAGCCCAUGUCGCGAGAAGAAUGGAAUGGACCAAAUUUCCGAUACAAGAUCAAAUACCGUCCACUGGAUCCACCAAAUGCUCAAUGGGAAGAGGCCGAUGUGCCUGAUCCAUUUGCUGAUCGUUAUACGAUUAACCUCGAAGAUGACAAGGAUUCCCGCCCAUUCCAACCUUACGAGAUUCAAGUUCAAGCGGUUAAUGAUGAAGGAACGUCGGCUGUCAAUCCAGAAACAAUCCAGGGUCGAACUGGCGAAGGUGUUCCAUCGGCAAUUGUUGAAGGAUUCAGAGUGGUUUCAAAGAAAGGAACUUCAGCCACUUUUGCAUGGAAUGCUAUCGAUCCCGUGACGGCCAAUGGAAACUUCACUGGUUACAAGAUUACCUACUGGUAUGAAGAGAAUGAAGAUGAGGAUUACGAUGAAGACGACGAGGAUGUUGAAGAGAGCCGAAAGAAGCGGACUGUUAUUCGUGCACGACGCUCUGCUGGAUCGGGUGAAGAGGGACCACGGAAGAAAACAAUUCAUUUUGGACCAAAAGUUACUCAGGGAACGGUCACCGAUCUUAAACCCGAUACUGUCAACUAUGCGACUAUCGCUGUAACAAAUGGAAAGCAUGAGGGUGCUCAAAGUGACCCAAUCUCGUUUAGGACAGAUGAAGGAGUGCCAUCACCGGUUCGCAAGUUAGAAGCCUAUCCACUUAACGGACGAUCUGAUAACGAGAAGGGCGUUGUUGCUUUACGAUGGAAGAUCCCGCGGCAAAAAAAUGGAAAGAUUGCAAAAUAUGUGGUUGAAAUUUGUCGAACUCAAGAUGGAAAAGUGAUAUCAAAGAAUUGUCCAAAGCAAGCUGUUGAUUCAUCCAAAAAAGAGAUUCGUCUAACCGGAUUAGAGCCAGAAAGUGAGUAUCGCUUUGUGGUACGAGCUGAAACCGGCGUGGGAGAAGGAGAUCCGAACUCUGCCGAUGCAAAGACUCUACCUCAACAUGUAGCUGCUGAUGGUGUUGUUCCGGAAACACCGUUCGUUCGAGCCGAGCGCGUUGGUGAAGAUCAUUUCAACGUCAGUUUCCAACCUGGAGCUUUUGACGAAAGGGACCGUCGACCCGUUGGCAACUCCUAUAAAAUUCAAAUCCGAGAAGAUGGAUCUGAGGACUGGAAAACACACGAUCCGGAGAACAAGGACAGCUUGCAGACAAAAGUCGAUGGCUUGCAGCCGGGAACGAAAUACGAAGUGCGCUCUGUGGCAGCCUAUUCUGACCCGGCAACAGGCGUUGAAUCUGAUGGAUAUUCACAAAGUAUUUUUGUCACCACUCAAGGAAGCGCUCCAUUUUCAUCGCGUUUGUGGUUCUUGCUGCUACUUCUGCUGAUCAUUCUGCUUAUUCUCAUCAUUUGCUGUAUCAUCUGCGUUGCGAUGAGACAUCGCGGUCAAUACCCUGUGAGUGAAAAGGAGCGGCAGCAGGGCCGAGAGCCUAUUCUUCCAAAGCAGUCAUUUGGUGAAUACAAGGAUGAUGACGAGAAGCGUUCGUUGACUGGAUCAGAGACGAAAAGUGAAACGGAUUCCAUGGCUGAAUACGGAGAUGAUCCCGGACGUUUCAACGAAGAUGGAUCAUUCAUUGGGCAAUACGUGCCUCAAAGGACACUCAUACCGCCCGUUGAACCUGCAAGAGGAUCAACAUCAACGUUUGUC